CGGUCUGCCAGUGGUCUUUUUCGUCAGUUCGCCAGGUUCUGCGUAAACGGACAACUUCUCGAGCGAAAAGGUCUCAUUUUUGGAGUUCGGCAUGACCUCGAGUUGUUGUUUCGACAUUCUCGUUUUGUUUUUAUGCCGUAACAACUCGCUGAAGUGACGCUUAAGCGCGAGAAACCGGCCCGGCGCAGUUCUGUUCUUGCGCGUCUCCUUUGCUAAACUGUCAAACACUGCAGCAUUUGCUGCGAAGUGAGACAGAAAACGUGCGGAGACAGCGAGUGUCCUCCUUCGUGGCGAACUCCCGGACCUAGACAAGGGGCUUCGCACGAUGAACUACAAUCUGCAGACAGUCGAAGCUGCCCUGAGCCAGCUUUACUGCAAUACGGGUGCCGGCUCUGCAGAAGCAAAUCAGUACCUGACUGCAAUGCAGGCUUCAGCCCAAGCGUGGGACAUUGCAUGGAAACUUCUUGACAUUACCAAGCCAGUAGAGGUUCAGUACUUCGGUGCUACAACCUUGCACACCAAGAUUUCACGGCACUGGCACCAGCUGCCACCAUAUGAGUACGAAAACUUGAGAACCCGGUUAUUGCAAGCCAUGGUGGACUAUGCACGUGGCCCGAAGCUCGUCCUGACCAAAAUUUUGGUGGCAUUGGCCUCGUAUGUUGUGAACACAAUUGGAAGCUUCUGGCCUUCUGCUAUUGAUGAUCUACUAGUAUCUUUACGACCACAGGUGUUCACAAUUCUGGCACCUGACCACCUUCUGAAACUUCUUCUGGAUCUGCUGGCCUUUAUACCUGAGGAGCUACAGUCAACAGAGCAGUCGAUGAGAGGUCCAAGUCGGAAGCCACUGGAAGCAUCUAGCGACAAAAUCCUGGCCUUUAUCAACAGACUUGCAGUGCUAGACACCGAUGCCCUAGGCUGUCUCGCCUCAUGGUCCCAGCUGGCCUUCAGCUGGGAACAGCACUUGGUGUUGUUACCACGAGUACUCGCGUGUGUCCGGAAUGCAGAGUUCAGCCGCCCUGCCGUCGAACUGUUGACCGUCAUUGCUGGACAACCGGACCUUCACAAGUUCCCCAGGUUCAUCUUGGAGAUGAUUGAAUGCGUGGUACAAUUAGAUGACGUCUUCUCUGAAAAGAUGGCCUCUGGCGAUACGGAAUUGUGCGGCCACCUGUGCAGACUGCUCGUUGAGAUUGUCGAGUGCCACGCCCACAGUUUGGUGAUGAUGCUGCUCAACAAGCCUGACCACAAGCCAACGAUACUGAGGCUCUUUGACCAUCUGCUGAAGUUCACGGGGACGCCUCAACAGUACCCAGUAGACGAGACGUGGAGCCGUGAUUCCCUUCCUGCCUGGCACGCCCUUCAGGACGCAGUCUCCUUGUGCGAGGGGCCCCAACGCGAAUCCCUGCUGCUCAUGCUGCAGCCGCUCUGGCACAAUCUGUUUGUGACCCUUCUGUGCAAAGCGCAGCUGCCUCUAGACGAAUCUCAGUGGGAUUCGGAGGAGAAAGAUGCCUUGCGGUGCUAUCGCCAGGACAUUGGAGACUGCAUUAUGGCACUGUUCGACAUCUUGCGGGAGUCUUUGCUCGCAGCGCUCGCCGCUCACCUCGAACUGGCGAUGCGCGCCCUAGAAAAGGACCGUAGGGCGUGGCAGGCAGCCGAGGCAUGCCUGUUGGCACUCCAGUCCGUGGCAGAGAAUGUCAGGCCCCACGAUGAACCAUACCUGGGACCCCAGCUUAGGAAGGCGCUGCCCCAGCUUGUGUCCGACCCUCGGCUCCAGCCGGCCACCUUGACUUGCCUCGGAUCCCUCGGCAGCUGGCUACAGGACCCCCAGCAACUCGGUAUGGUGCUGCCUAUUCUUCUGGCGGGACUCGAGGCGGGACCCAAGAUGUCCAUGGCGGCCUCUCUGGCACUCAAGGACCUUGCCAGGGAUUGCCGUCAGGCCCUCGUCCCGCACACCCAACCAGUGCUGGAGGUCACCCAGCGACUUCUCUUGGGGCAGCAACUGCACCCUCCCGAGAGGGUUCGCCUGUUAAACCUGGCCGGCCAGUUGCUCGCAUCCUGGGACCUCGCACCUUCCGAGGCUUGGCUCUCCACAGUGCUGGAUUACCAGCUACAGCUGCUGCAAGCAGGCACGCCUGCAGUGGGACAGGCAUUGCAAGAACUGGCAGCGCUUGUUUCGGGACUGGCGGGCCGUGAGGAACCACCAUCGCUGGUCGAGCCAGUCAUCCAGCGAGCCUUGCCUGCACUUGGCGCCAUCGCCGCCAGGCAUGCCAGUGACGAAGGCACCAUAGAGGCUCUUUGCGAGUGCGUAAAACGAGCAGCUGUGGCACUCGAACGGCCCGCAGCUGAGCAGCUCCUCUGCCUUUUGGUCCAACUCCAAGAGGCCUGUCCCCAGGCAAGCGUUGUGGACACCUGUCGGCCACUGUUGGUGAUGUUAUCGAUUCCGAGCGACAGGCCACACCCAGCUGUUAUUCCAGCUCUCGGGAGGAUCUGUAACGCGACCUUGUUGCCAGCAUUGACAUCCUUGGACAACUUUCAAGAAAAAACAGCCGUUCUGGAGUCCUUCUAUCAGUGCCUUGGCAACCUUGCCCGCAAGGCCGUUUACGUUCUGAGCACAGAGGUUGUCAAUCUCUCCAUGGUGUUCCAGUGUGCUAUUGUGGCCAUUGGACUUCCCGAGAAAGGAACAGUCAAGGCAGCUGCAUUUUUCCUGGCUGAAGUUAUCCAGCAGAGCCUACAGCAUGAGACGCUUGUACAACUUGCACAAGUGGUGGACACUUACCGGAUGCUUAUUCUGGAGAGGUGCCUCGUGGUGGUCGGUGGUGGCCAGUCACCACGGUCAUCGGUGGAACCCAUGGCCGACGUGGUUCUGGCGCUGACCAAGCAAAACCUGCCGGCCACUAGCCAGUGUGUCUCGGAACUGCUGCUCUCGCGGCCAGAUUUCCCGAGUCCGCAGCUGAAGCAGGAGCACAGAGUGCGCUACAUGCGUGUGCUUCUUAAAGAGAGAUCCAACAAGCGCAUCAUCAAGGAGGCACUCGUGGAGAUGAGCCUAGUGUGCAGAGGACUCAUUGGCACAGAGUAUGCAGCCCAGACGACGCAGCCCUUCCCGUAGGCUGCUUGACAAUCUCUGCAAGGGGGCCAUCCUUAGGGUGUGUCGGUCAGUCCGUGCUCAACGGAAAAAGGGUCUGCGCGUAAAAGUGUCAAAUGCACAGAAAAGACGCGUGAAAGGACCGGAUGUAGCACAGGCUCACAAUAUAUGUAAUUGAAAGGAAAAUUAGGGGGGGGGGGGGGUAUCCUGUUUCAUAAACGUAUGCUUCAUUUCUGAGCGGAUUUUCGUGAAAUUUUCGCAGCUUGUGUAUGUAUGUUUAUGUGACAAUUUCAAAUAUGCGAUAAUUUUUUCUAGCACGAAAUGUAGUUUUAGAAUAUCAAAUUUUGAUCUUGUAGGAGCGAGAGAUUUUUUUUUUCCGAAAUGUGAGUUACUAAGCUAAUCAGCAUAUCCUAAGUCUGGAAUGAAAAUUGUAUGCAGUGAAACAAGAAUAGAUCUCCUAAGAUCAUUUUAAAAAAGUUGUGAUGUGUCGAACUUUUGUGAACGAGUCGGUGGGAUUUUCACUCGCGAAAAUUCAGCAUAUGGUAAUUUUUGUCUAAUGCUUGCACAAGACACAUGAAAUGUCUGAUACUUUAAACAGUAUAUGUUGCACUACAAAGAUGAUCGUAUAUUUGACCUAACUGCGUCAAAAAUACGUAACCUGUGAAAUGUGCUCAAAACUAAAAAUAAUCGGUUGGGUCUUUUUUACAUAAUGACGCAAAGCCAACGGCAUCAGCAUGUCUUUUUUUUUUUUUAAUCACAGACAAAGAUUUAUUUCUGCAUGGCUGUAUUUGAAAGGUUCAUCCUUCAAAUCUCCAACUAAUAAGUGAUGUAUGGCAGUUAUGGUUGUUCGUUUAUACAAUAGACUCUCAGCAAACGGAAAUCUCUUAAAUGGAACUGCCUCUAAUAUGAUCGGUUUCGUACUUGAAUCCUGCACUCCUGUUCAUCUCUCAGUAAAUGGAACUCCUAUUAGACGGAACACAUUUUUCUGAUCCCUUCAGGUUCUGUUUAUUGAGUCUACUGUAUAUUCACUUGCCAACCUGCCUAUCAACAGGUAAGAACAAGUACAACACAAAAUAUGGGGGGGACAACGUUUUGUUUUGUAGUGGAUUGCCAACAUGCCUAAGCUUUCACGCUAAAAUAUCGGAGUUUGCACUACGUCCUGUCGUUUUAUGCACCUUUCCUGUGCAUUUCCAUUUUGUGCAUGAACUGUUCAGUCUGUGAUAUCAUACUUCAAACAAUGCACCUUUGUUUUGUAGAGGUGUGCAAACAUUGCUUGUGGCAACAGUCGGUGUUCCACUGAAGUGUAGUACUCACCGUUGCAUUAACCAUUGCUGUAAAAGAUCUCAGCCACGUGUCAUGUAAUCAAACGCUUCUGUGUGAAGUUGUGUGUGUGCGUGUUUGAGAAGCAAUAACAAGACUGCCCGUGCCUCGUGCACUAUUGCCAAAAUCGUCCAAGUUACGUUCGUGAUUCGCCUUAAGUUUAAUGUUCCUCCAACGUAUGUUCCAUUGAGAGUUCACUUACUGCAUGGCAGUGCUGCGCUCACGUGUAAAUUUCCGGGCUACUGUAACUUUGCUGUUGGACAAAAAUAUCAUCCGCUUGACACCGAAGCCCACAGGCAUUUUUUUUAGUACUUUGACAUUGGGCCAACUAAGGAAUAACAGUGCUAAAAUGAAAUGACAAAGUACAGCUGCUCUAUGCUUUAAUUAUACUGUCAACUUUAGUACCAGUAGUGUAGUAAGUCUGAAUACUACUAGCAGUAGUACAACUAAAGGCGUGUACUACUAGUAGUAGUACCAAGAAGUGCAGCAAGCGCACAGAAUCGCAGGAAGUGGAAGAGGCCAGCAAAUGAUGCUGCAGCUUGUAUGCACUUUUAUGUGACCGUGCCUGCGCUGCUAGAAAGUUUUGAUUUUCAGGGUGCUGAUUUGUUCAAGGGUUGGGCAGCAUUACUUUAUUCGUUAACUUUUCACCCUCUUGAAGUCGAGGCGGAGAGUUUUUGAGAAAAGUUUAGAUACAUUGGCAUGUUCUUAUACUUCAAUAACAAGGGCAGUUUUCUGCUUUUUUUUUCUUUUUUUUACUUUGCUGUUAGGUUCUCUAGCAGUUGACACAGGAAGAGGAUUUUGUUUGCUUGUUUGUGACAAGCGCUUUGGACCCGGUGAAAGUAUCAUAAUGCAGCACAGGGCAUGCCCUGUGGUCUCAAGGUGUGUGGUCCGAACAUGAGCUACUUGUCAUUGGUGCACUGUCACUGAGAAGAGGUUAGGGUAGCAUUGGUGUUGUUGAAAAUUCGUUGUACAUUAUUUUGCUCAUUAGGUGGAUGUUUGUUCACACUGCAUCACAAAGUCUGCAUCUGUACAGUUUUUGUCGAUUGCUUUCUGUUUUUUUGUACAAAUGACAUCUUUUUCAAGGAUCAACAAGCAACAGCUCUGUUGGCCUUGUUUACAUGUACAGGUUAUAAAGAUGUUUGCAACAGAAAA